UCUCCCUCUCCACCAGAGACUGAGCGACCGUUUCUUCAACACAACCAUGAACGUAGCUUCAGUGAGGUUUACGUCACACCGGGGUUUCUCUUCCGGCCGGGGUUUCCGCCUGCGCUGGACUUCCGACGAAACCUCAAGACUGUGGUGGGCAGCUUGAGUACCCCUCUGGCGCACUGUCGUCGCCUACAGCAGAGGGAGGAUAUCCCCACGGCCUUUACUGCGUGUGGACCCUGGACAACCUCAAUUCCCUGAACUCCUCCUUCAGCGUCUCCAUCACCCAUCUUCACUUAGAGGAACGCUGCUACGACUUCAUCACGAUUGAAGGAGUGACUGUUGAGGGCGAAGUCGUCGAAGUUCAAAAAGUCUGCGCCAAUUACAAUAUGGAAACGAUUAUUAUUCCUUAUCCUACAAUGAGGAUCAAAUUUAUCACUGACCAGUCCGUCAACGGCGAGGGAUUCAACCUGACGUAUGGCCUGAGUCCCUGUGGAGGCCAGAUCCACGGGCCCCAGAGCGUCAUCCACACGCCCAACUACCCAUCGAACUAUCCACCUAAUACCCACUGCGGAUGGCUGUUCAACUACGGUGAAGGGGAACAGAUUGAUUUCGAGUUCACGGACUUCCGCCUGGAGAACUCCAUCCACCACGACUUCGUCAAGCUCUUCAACGGGCCUCGCAGGACGUCGCCGCUCAUGCACCAGUACACGGGCACCACCAACCCAGGCCACGUAGGGCGCACGAUGACCAACCACCUCCUCGUCGAGUUCCACAGCGACGCCACCAACAGCGAUAGGGGCUUCAGGGCAGUGGCCAGCAGGCACGUUCGAGGGUGUGGCGGUCUGUUCCACGGUAUGUCGGGGAACUUGAGCAGCCAUGGGUUCCCACAGGACUACCAGAGCAACUCGGAGUGCGAAUGGGUCCUCGACUUUGCUUCGGGAUACCACGCCGUUCUCACUUUCGUCGAGCGAUUCGACGUCGAGACGAGCGCCGACUGCCAGAAUGACUAUAUACAGAUCUCCCAAACCCCCGACAGAGGACAGCGGGAAGUGAGCGCUUGGACGCAGGUGCUGAAGACAUGCGGGAAGCAGAUGCCUCCUCCUCUCACGGUUGCGGGCACGAGGGCGAGGAUCUUCUUCCACACGAAUGAGGCUGUGCAAGGAGCUGGGUUCAAGCUUACGUGGCAGAUGGAAUGUGGCAACAACUACACGGCGACGACCGGGGUCAUCAUCUCGCCAGGUCACCCCGGAAACUAUCGCAAUAACCUAAACUGUGUCUACCAGAUUCUUGCGCCAUCGGGCCACUUCGUCAGACUUGAGUUCCAGAGCUUCCACUUAGAAGGUCCCACUGACUGUCGCUUCGAUUCGUUGACGAUCGCGGAUGAGACGGUGCACUGGAGGAGGCGGCAGCAGCGAACCCUGGGUCCCUACUGCGGAACCAACAACCCGGGAAGCCUCACCACAAAGGGCCUGACGACCAUCACCUUCUCUACCGAUGUCUCGGUGGUCUACCCUGGCUUCGUGCUUAACUACACUAUUGAAGCAUGUGGAGGCAACAUCACAGAGGCGUCCAUCAUCGAUCUACCCACCCGCCCAUCCACCUACCAUAAUAACAUGCACUGCACAUGGGACAUUACAGCUCCUGAAGGAAGGGUUCCACAUAUUAAAUUCCAGAUUCUGAACCUCGAAGCCGGCUACAACUGCCCCUACGACCACGUCAGUGUCUAUGAUGGUCACGCUUCCGACGACUCGAAACUGGUGUCGCGGUUCUGCGGGAACCUCAUGUCGGCGCUCCCAAGCCUGUCCACCAACGAGAACCUCGCGAGGAUCGAGUUCCGCUCCGACUCCUCCUACUCAAGGGAAGGCUUCAGGGCCACCAUCGAGGGACUACGAGCCGUUCCUGGACUGUCGCUGGAUGGUGGUGGGUCUGGCGGAGAACGUCGUCAACCUCACCUUCACCAGACUUGACAUCGAGCCCCCAGGAGAGAACGAUACGAGUCCUUGUCCGUAUGAUCACGUGCAGAUCUUCGACGGUCCCUCGGAUAAGUCUCCCCUGAUCAGCACCCUCUGCAACAGCACGACUCUCCCGCCGCCCGUGGUCUCCUCCUCCAACGUCAUGUACAUUCGCUUCACCUCCGACAGCGCCCACGAGAGUGCUGGUUUCACUGCAACACUGUCCAACAUUCCUCACCCCUGUGGCACAUCCGCCCUCGUAGCCACCAACCACACCCAGACGAUCGAGUCACCCGGUUAUCCGAACCAGUACCAGGCCAGUACCCGUUGUCGCUGGACCAUCGCCGCGCCAGAAGACAGCCAAGGUAUCCACAUUGAAUUCACGGACAUGAACCUCGAGUCUUCUGCGAGAUGCGCGAAGGAUUAUCUCGAGAUUUCGAAGUAUUUUGGGACGGCUGAAGAUACUCGCAUCGUAACAGGUUAUACUAGGUGGACGGUCACCAUUGGAGGGCGGUUGGCGUAUUUCAGUCGACCAUACGGGGAGGAGGACCGUAAAUACUGCGGAUCGACUCUCCCUCACUCCUUCGACUCCCGCACAAACUCCCUCCAGGUGCGGUUCCAGAGCGAUGAGACUGUGACAGCCCCGGGGUUCAGGAUGCAGUACUCCAUCGCAACUUGCAAUAGGACUUACAGCGCCACUUCUGGUCACGUCAAAAUUGCGCGAGAUAUUUGCUUCACCACCUUCCAGGCGCCUGCAGGCUCCUAUGUCAACCUCUAUUUCCGUUCAGUUUACGUGGCAUCGAGCGAGAACUGUGCAGAUGGAGCGCUUAAGAUAUAUGACGGUCCUUCGAACACCGACACCCUGCUCAUCAGUUUUUGUGGAUAUCGUUUACCCAGCCCUGUGUUCUCGACUGGAAAUACCCUUUACAUGGAGGUCACAGGAAGGUCUUUCAUUGACUUAACCUACGUAACGACAAAUCAGUCCAAUGGAUGCGGAGGGGCAAUGUUCGUGUCGCACAGAGCCAAGUUAACGAGUCCAAACUACCCAUCACCCUCUGCAGAGAAUUUGGAUUGCAUGUUUACUGUCAUGGUUCCGCAGAGUCUUCACGUGGCCAUAAGCGUCGCAGUCAACUUCGGCGGCCCCGGUCAGUGUAACAGCACAUACCUGGAAUUGUAUGAUGUCAACGCCGAUGGCAGCCCAGUGCUCUUCAACACCUUGUGUGGAGACGAAACGAGCAUCGCAGGGCACUUGGCGCCCAGCAACCGGAUGGCGAUGCGCUAUGACGGGCGGCGGAACCAGACGGGCACCGGAUGGGAGAUCGGCAUCCAGGGGCCGAGCCGCACGAGUCCACAGUCUUUGAGGACGACGACGGUGAAGAAUCUACAGCAGUGAGCCCUUGAAUCCAGGAUAUGACUUCAGAUGCAUAGAAAACGUACCUUGCUUCAUUAGGAUAAACGACCAGUGACUUCAGGUGUAAAGAAAACAUACCUUGAUUCACGAGGAUACAAGAUUUCAGUGACUUCAGAUGCAUAGAAAACGUACCUUGCUUCAUUAGGAUAAACGACCAGUGACUUCAGGUGUAAAGAAAAACAUACCUUG